UCGAAAAACAGUCAACAUCCAAAUUGUAUAUACAGUGAGAAUACUGAAAGAAAUCACGGUAAUAAUUUUAUCUUGGAUAUUUGAUAAUCAGAUAACAACCACAAAUCCUACAAAAGCAUCUCUUUAAACGACUGACCUAAUACAUAUAUUGUGUUUGGAUUUUAGUUAUAGUAUAUUGACAAUUAGAAUGAAUGAAAAUCCAAAAUAAUGAACAUGGGAUAUAUGUUCCAGUACAGCAAUUAUAUGCAGUUUGUCUGAACACUAUAGAAUGGGCUGGGAUGCGAUAUUCUCAAAAACAAGACAUCUACACCAAUCCUUCAUCUGCUAGCUGUGGCUCAUAUUUCGAAUUAAGAAAGAAUACAUCAUAUCAGGUAAAUUGGACUAAAUUCAUUGCAUACAUUUUGUAAUUUUUUUUUUAUUUAUCACAACGUAUCAUUUUCCGUGCAGUUCUUUUUUUUUAAAAAGAGGGGGGGGGGAAGAAAUCAUAUGUUAAUGACGGAGCAGAAAACAAAGAGGUCCUUUUGGAAUAAUAUUUUAUUGCUAUGUCAUUUUGUUGUUUUUCUAGGUUCCAUAUAUCGCAGAAAAUGGGUAACAUAUCUAUGCGAAUUUAAUUCUGUGCCAUCUUUUCUCACCCAAUACCAAAGAGCUGCUCUGGAUCUUGGUAUCUAUAAGAACAGCUGCAAGGCAAGUUAUUUUUAACCGAUCUGUUUCUUUAAUUUCUAUACAUAUGAAAAAUAUCAGUCUUUAACCCAAGGGAUGUCAUAGUAUUAUCACCAUUAAAAAAUGGUUUCUAACUUACACGUAUCGCUAACCAAGGCACAAAUAUCAAGAUAACUUGAUUCAUUUUAUUACAUUCAUCAACAUUGAUCACUGUUCGUUAUCUUCACCUUGCAUUCAUCAAACAAAUUUAUAAGAAUUUUAGCUUACAUUUAAGAUUUUGUUUUAUGUCCUUCUUUAUAAUAGAUCGAACGAUGUUCACGGAAUACAAUGUCCACAAGAAACGAGAGAGAAUUGCGUGAUUCGAUCGGAUUCUGAUGCCACGUGUCGAUAUCAGAAUAAUUGCUGCAGACUGACUCCGUAUGGAUGUAAAUGGGAUUCCCCUGUCUGUUCAAACAAUGGAAACAACGGAUAUAAAAACCUAUAGUGCAGCGACGAAGAAACAAAUUUGUGCUUGAAUCGUGGAAAGCUGUCAUACAUAAUAAAGCUCUGCAACUUUUACUUUUGAAACACUUUAGUUAUCUCUUAAUUUUUUUUUUAAAUGGUUUGACUAUUUUUUUUUUAAUUUUUUUUUUUAAUAUUACCCUGAUUUUGUGGAAACAUAUGCAUGAACUUUGCGAUUUUAGAGCAUUUCAUUGAGACUAGUUCACUUCGCUUCUCUGAAGUAUUCCUAGACUAAGUUAACGGUCUAAUCUUUUCAAACAUGUAUCAUGAAACAUUUAAGCAAUGUCACCACCAUCUAGUAUCACUUGGAAUACUUGUGAUGAUGUACAUGUAAAUUCUAAGAUAAUAUAAAUCUGUAUAUAAUGAAUUGCGGGUAUAUACUACUAACUAUUUAAUUAUUCACAUUUAAUUUAAUAAUUUUUCCCGUCAGCAGUGAUCGGUCUAGACAAGAGUCUAAUCCAGAAUUUAGGUAACAAAGGAUCACUGAAAAUUAUCCCCACAUCAUUUUAGAACAAACUAGUCCCACCUCUGCAUUGUAUAUGCUAGGUUGCUUUUCGUUUUAUUUCAUAUUUGACCAUCCAUCAACACACCAAUAAUUUGUUUUCUUUGAAAGUAUCUUAGACAUCACGAUUCACAAUGUAACAUGGGACAUGAGUUCUAGACGGUAUCUCCGACCCUGUCCUUCCCGGUCUACGUUUCCAAUUUCUGCAACGGCAUGACUAAAUGUAAAUAAAUAUUUUUGUUAUUGUAAUUUUUGUGAAUUGUUCAUCAAAAAUACCACAAAAAAUGGAAAACCGCAGAAAAGAUCAGUCAUAAGAUACAUGUGUGUUCAUGCUGCCCUAUCCCCCAACGUAUUUUUUAUAUUGCAAUGUACUUUACCAAGGAGGUAUAUAUUAAACAAUAGAGACGAUGUUCUUGUGGUAGACCUUAAUUCUCAACACCAUGAUGUGUUUUCUUAUGACAGUUUUUGUUUACAGAUCACAUGAGAAACUAAUUAAAAAUCAAUUAAAUUUCUUAAAACAAAUACCAACUCAGUUUGAAAAUCAUAUAAAAGAAAGGAAAUCAGGAAUCCAUACAACACAGAAUUUUCCUGAUACACAGAAGAUACGUCUAGUUCUACAGUAGAAUGAAGUUGCUCGCUGCUUGUUGCUUGCUCGCCAUUGCAUUGUUUCACUAUUCAGAUGCCGGUUGUUCUUGUCCACCACAACAUCCUCAGCAAGCGCUCUGUGAUGACAAAACCUUUGUACUGAAGGUCAAAAUACUAAACAGAAAGAAGUUGUCAAGUGGACCAAGAUCAGAACGCCGCGUUUAUAAAGUUAAAGUCUUAAAGGAUUACAAGAACACAUUCGACCCUAUUCACGGAAAUGAAAAGAUCUACACGAGUAGCUCAAAGGAACCCUGUGGAGUAUAUUUCAGUAGGAAAGUAACAUACAUCAUAAGUGGAUAUAAAUCUGGCGGGAGGUUUGUGACAAGUUUCUGUUUCUGGAACCAGAAGAUCUGUACCGUCACGCGCUUCCAGAAAUUCGCUCUCAAGACUGGUCUAUACAAAUCCAACUGUCAGUGCAAGAUCAAGGACUGUACAGACGGAUACUGCAAUCCCCCAACGAGAGAAGACUGUGUCAUCAAAUCAAACAGAGGCUGCUUCCUAGAAAAGAACGCAUGCGUCCAGAAAUCAAACUAUGGUUCCCUGCAUUGUGACUGGAAAUCAAAUACUUGUGACUCGGAACCUACCGUUGAAGUCAAGAAGGAUGUCGUUUAUGAACCCACGAAAACCGAGGUUCUAAAUCAUAAGACCUUCAAGCAGACUGUACACAAAUUGUUUGAUCCGCCUGCGAAACCAGACCAUGGGCCAGAGUACAACCACGCAGCACCAGGGCCGUACACAACACACGUCCAUAAAAUCGUCGAUCAUGUCGGGGAAAAUGUUGGCCACUAAAUUCAUUUUACCAACAAUUUUAAAAUAUAGUUAUGUAAUAGAUUUUUUUUAAUGUAAAUAUUUAAGUUAUGAA